AUGGUGCUGUCCCCCCGGCCAAUGGACCUGCGCUACCGCCGCACCGCCGAAGGCGACAGACAGGCCCCCCAGCGCCUAUGCCAGAGCUACCUGACCGGGUCGACGGGCACCGACAUCUGGAUGUACUGGGACCCGGAGUUCGACACCGAGACCCCCGACGGGUCCACCUCGAGCCUCUUCGAGGCGUACACCUGGACCGCCGACGUCCCCGGGGAGCCGGACCCGACGCACGCCGCGACUGUCUUUCGGAAGGUGUUCCCCCUGGUGCUGAGCAGUAGUAGUAGCGGCAAUGGCAACAGCAACAAUCCUGGCCUGGGAGCCGGGACCUCGGAAACGUCAACGGCAGAAGCAGUGGUAGUUACGGUGACGGAAGUCGUUACGCUGGAGCCGACACCGAGAACGGCGGCGGCGGCGGCAGCGGCGCGGGAUAGAAGAAUGGAGCCGGUGGCCGCGCUGCUACCGCCUGGGGGCCACAUGCUGACGUCGAGAUGUCUGGCUGCGGUCCUGCUGGGAGCUGCUUUCGCGACGGCGGUGAUGUCGUUUUUUGGGUUCGCGUUGCUGUAUCGCGGGAAUAGGAGGAGGUAUCGCAAAGUUUCUAAUUUCGCUCCUGCUGACGAUACCAUUUCCAAGCCGUCCCUCGAUGAUGUAGGGAAAUGCGAAGUGGGGAUUCUGUUCCAGCCUCAGGAGGUGAAGGCUAGUUGA